UUUAUGCGUCUCUCCUCGCUUAGCGAUGUAGUGGUCGGAGAUGUGAGGCUCAACUUGGAGGAAUUCUCUCGUCGCGACCAAGUUAUGGCCCGAGCAUCUCCGAGCGAACACUCCGCGCAACUUUCUACAGACUGUGAUAUUUCUGCAGCAUCUUCUCCCGCAACACCGAGGAUGGCUCGGUCCAAAUUUUAGUCCAACAUUGGCAAGUAAAAACAUCACAAUACCGUGUUGCAUCUGAUUGAAAUUGGAUCAAAGCAAUGUUGAGUCCGGGACACAAUGCACCAGGAGACAACAACUGUUACACAACUUUACAGAGUGUAACCCGGUGUAACUCCAUCUGAGAAACACCAGGAUGACACCCAGAGGAUAAUAAUUCCCACCUGUCAUUCCUGUCCAUAAUCUGCAGCCAUGCUACCAAAGGAGAACCACAGCGAAGCCAAGGCGGUCAAGUUAAGCCUGUUCAGCAGGGCUGCGUCCACCGAUACAAAGAAGACUGAGAAGCAGAUCCAGUACGUGGACCCUCCAGAUGGAGGGUGGGGCUGGAUGGUGGUCAUACAUUGCUUCCUGGUCAAUGUCCUGGUGAUGGGCACUCUGAAGACCUUCGGGAUCUUCUUCGUGGCAUUCCAUGAUGAGUUUGGGGGGUCUGCUGAGGGGAUCAGCUGGAUCGGUUCCAUCAUGUCUAGUCUCCGCCUUUCUGGAGCACCCAUCGCCUCCAUUACCUGUGCUAAGUAUGGAACCAGGGCAACCACCAUUGCUGGGGCCUUCUUGGUCAGUGCAGGCUUUAUUCUCAGCAUCUUUGCAAACAGUGUGGUGUACCUCUACAUCAGUAUGGGAGUGUUCGUUGGAAUGGGUUUUGCGCUUUUAUACCAAGCCUGCUCAGUGGUGACCGCAUUGUACUUCAGGCAUAGGUUAGCCACAGCGUAUUCUAUCGGGCGCUCUGGCAUGGGCUUGACCUUUGCUUUAGCUCCAUUCACCCAAUUGCUCUUGGACAAAUAUGCUUGGCAGGGCAUCACGGAGACUGUGGCCCAGCUGGCGUCCGGCUGGGUGGCGGACAGGAACGGCUCCCACAAGUACCACUACCACAAGGCCUACCUCAUCCUGUGCGGCGUGGUCAACCUGCUCUCCCCGCUCGCCACCUCAUACUUCCUGCUCAUGAUCUACGCCAUCUUCUUCGCCAUAUUCUGCGGAGGCUACAUGGCGCUGCUGCUGCCCGUCCUGGUAGACCUCGUGGGAUCAGAGAAGCUCAACAACUCCAUGGGCUUCUCCAUGUUCUUCGUAGGCCUCGGCUGUCUCACCGGACCCCCUCUUGCAGGGUUCCUGUAUGACUACACCCAGACGUACGACGGCUCCUUCUACCUGGCCGGGGUGUGCUACCUGCUCUCCUCCGUCUCCCUCUUCCUGGAGCCGCUGGCCCGGCGCUGGGAGAAGCAGAAGGCCGCCCGGCUUGAGAAGACAUCCCACCAGCCGGGUGGCAGCGAUGUGUCCCACAACGGGGUCGUCUAGGAGGGAAGGAACUUCUCCACGAGCCUCCCUGUGUGGCAGGAUACCACAGAGCUGCCUGGCGACCUGGUCCUUCUGGUCAGGAUCCCCGCCUGGUCGUUCAAACUUAAAAAGGCCCAGUCCAACGGAUGUCAGGUGGCGAUUUCGAACGUCUUCUCUGAGGCGUGAAACCGCAGGU